AAACCCUUCUUGGGUACAUGUUGACUUCCUGUCCUCCCCGACCCUUUGUCCAGUCCGCCACAGCCCCCAUCUCCAUCGUCUCUCAGUCCAGAUGCCUUCGCACCACCACCGAGAAACUAAUCGAUGCUGCUGCGGCUGUUCAAUCCACUCUUCACCACCACCCCAUCUGACCACAUCUGAUCAAGUCCUCCAAGCCCUGGCCAGCCACCUGCUCCUCCAAUACCAGAAACCUCCCACUGUUUCCGACCGUCACUGCCUUAAGCCCCAGCAACACCCACCACUACUGCAUUCCUUCUUCCAAAUUCAUCAACUCGGUGAUGAUCAUCUUCCUCCUGCUCCUCCUCAUUAUCAUCGUCAUGAACAGCAGCAGCAGCAGCGGUUCUAUCAGUAUCAAGCUCAACCUCUUAUCGAUUCCCUCCUCCGCCGCGUCGCCGCCCUCGAAUCCUCUUUCCCCCAUCUCUCUCCCACUUCGUCUCCUUCGCCGCCUGUAGAUCCGCGCUCUCAGACGAGACCCACGUCGAUCCCAGAUACCUCACCGAGAAAGCCAUGGAUCUUCUCCUUCGACUGGAUGUCAUCCAUAGCGGCGACCCGAUGGUUCGGGAAGGGAAGCGGUCGAUCAGCAGAGAACUGGUCCGCACGUUGGAUUUCAUCGAUAAGUGGGUAGUCAAAGAGCACCAGCUGUCUCUGGACGCGAUCGAGAUCACUGGGAAUUGCGGAAUCGAAAGAGAUUCUGUGGAGGACAUGAGAAGAGAAAUUGUAGGAACUGAGGAAGUAACGAACCUUGCCAAAAGGAGGAAAACAAGGACUUUAAAAGGUUGAACGAAUAGUUGCAAAUCCACAAACAACUGCUCAUCCAGUGCCGGGCUUAAAGGUAAGUUUCUGUCAAGAAAACGUGUGAACUUGUGAAGAUUGUUCAAUGCCCGACACUAUACGGAGGCCCCAUCCCCCAUUGUCACGAACGGUCGUUGCGCACCCGCAACAACCGAUGCACAACAACUUCGUUCAACGAACCGUUCAUCACUUUUACAUGCUUAUACCGAGACAUGACAGUAUGUUUUGCCUUUGUUUUGUGUGUUUUUGCUUGUAAAAUGCAUGUUCGAAUAGGUUACAGCGCUACAGUACGACCGCUCGUCGCAUCGGGUCGAACUGCCCAAAACAGUUCCGUUUUCGCGUGCCACGGCUUGUUUUCUGCAAGCUGCGGCUGCACGCGAAACGUCAACCAUCACAGCACCCUAGAAUCCCCCGGUUGACACAGGACUGGAUGGGGCUUCGGUAUAUAGUCGGGCGUUGAAAAAUCUUCACAAGUUCGCACGUUAACUUGACGGGAACUUGCCUUCACGCUCGGCACCCGGUGAACAGUUGUUUGUGGACUUGUAACUGUUCAUUCUACCUUCUAAAGUCCUUGUUUUCUUUUUCCUCUCUUUUCUCUCUUACACCCAAGGUGCUUGCUGAAUUGCUUGUAAAGCUUCCCUCUUCGCGAGACGUCGAGACUUGUCCGUCGCUCGUUUUCAAUCUAAUCAACUUUCUGUUUUACAGGUCCUUCGGGACCUGUACGAGGUUGCAACUAGGUUGAACCUUUGCGGACGCAUAUGUCGCAAGGGCGCCUCAAGACUUAGGCAAUCCCAGCUAAGUUUGAGGAGUUGGCGCAAAGGUGCUUCAUGACUUAGGCAACUUUAGCUAAUUUCGUGACUUUGUCGCAAGGGUGCCUUACGACUUAGGCAAUUCUAACUAAGUCCGUGACAUUGUGGUAUCAAAGCGGGCAAGCAAUUUGAGCAAGUAGCGAAGUAAUUUUGCAAUCUUGCCAUGACCAAGCAUCGUAGCGAAUCGAGCAAGGCAGGGCAAACAGGACCUUUGCCCCAAGCAGCCGCAGGUGGGCUGCAAGUGCAAACUCGCUCUCACGCCGUUGGAGCCGCUUUGAAAGAUCGUGGCAGUGAACAUGAGAACGAAAAAUUGGCUACUCUCUGUGAGCGGAGGAUGCGUAAUUUGGAGCGCCAACCGGGAAGAAGAGCUAUAAGGAGAGACUCACAGCGGCGGAAACCCGCUUGGGUGCUCUUGAAGCGAGCUUGGAGGAACUCUACCAAGGCCAACGAAGGCUUCUUGGGGUAGAGAGCUCGCAAGAAGAAGCUGAAUCCUGAAUCAACAAGGUUAAGGCCCUAGUCGAUCGACUGACUGACGAUACUAAAGACACCGUGCAACAUUUGCACGAAGUCGUGGCGGAACUCACUUCUAGAGUGACAGCACUCACAAGGGCACUAAAUGCGGGAGGGAGCAACACUCUCGUUGCACCGCCACAAAACCUGAGGGCACCUGAGCCUCAUUGCUAUGGAGGUACUAGGGACGCAAAAGAGCUCGAGAAUCUUUUGUUUGACAUGGAACAAUACUUUCGAGCUACAAUGCUUGAUUCUGAAGAUACCAAAGUUUCAAUAGCAACCAUGUAUCUGAACGGGGAUGCAAAAAUUUGGUGGCGAACCUGUUAGGAGGAUAUCCAACAAGGUCGAUGUCGAGUGGACACAUGGGACGACUUAAAGCAGGAGUUGAGAACUCAGUUCCUACCCGAGAACACAGAGUUCGUCGCAAGGAGGAAGUUGAGACAACUCCACCAAAGUACUUCAAUCCGAGACAAUGUGAAGCAAUUUUCUGCGCUAAUACUGGACAUACAUGAUAUGUCCGAGAAGGAUAAGCUGUUCAGCUUCCUCAAUGACCUAAAACCAUGGGCUCAACAAGAAUUACAUCGAAGGAAUGUCACCGAUAUGAUCGGGGCAAGUGCGGCCGUAGAAAGGCUCACCGAUUUUGUUUCCUUGGAGGACUCGAGGAAAAGGAAACAAUCUUCGGGAAAUCGCCCUCCAAAAUAUUCUCGAUGGAAGGAGCCCAGGGGUGAACAAAUGAAGAAGAGUUCCCACAAAGGGCCAAGCUCAAAAGGCAAAGCCCCAAAACCUGGCGGAUGUUUCUUAUGCAGAGGGCUACACAUGGUGAGGGAGUGCCCACAGAAACAAGCACUCAAUGUUUUAACAGCUUCAAUCUACCCUCCCAAAUCAGUCAAGGGCAAGGUCGUCGCCCUAAGUUCAAGCAGUUCAGAAUCCAGUAACGACGAUGAUGAGUCGCAUGGUCCCCAAAUGGGAGCAAUGCAUUUAUUGAAUGCAUCGCAGGGUCAAGUGGGGGAGAACAUGAAGGCAAAGCCAUUGAAAGCAGGGAGUAGCGAGCUGAUGUACGUGGACAUUUAGCUCAAUGGUCAAACAACCUGUGCAAUGGUGGACACGGGCGCUACCCACAACUUUAUUGUCGAUCGAGAAGCAAAGCGACUCGGGCUAAUCUUGGAGAAGAACCCAAGUCGGAUGAAGGCGAUGAACUCGAAGGCCAAGCGGAACUCCGGGCUAGCAAAGGGUAUCCCCAUCAAGAUCGGAACAUGGAGCGGGAGCACGAACAUGAUAGCGGUGCCAUUGGACGACUUCCAAGUGAUUCUUGGAAUGGAGUUUAAGCACGUGGUGAAGUUGAUGCCAAUGCCGUUCUUAAACUCUUUAUGUAUAAUGGGAGGCGACGAGCCCUGUGUGGUUCCUGUCUCUCGGAGAGGAACCAGGGACCCCCAAUAGAUAUCGACAUUACAACUGAAGAAAGGGGUACGAAAAUGCGAAUUAACAUUCGUGGCUGCUGUGAAGCCAGAGCCACUCAACGAGGAGGCCAUUCAUAAACCUGCUGUGAUGGCGAACGUUCUGAAGGAGUUCACAGACGUUAUGCCACCCGAGUUGCCGAAGACUCUACCGCCACGCAGAGGCGUGGAUCAUCAUAUCGAGCUGGAGCCAAGAGUGAAGCCUCCAGCGAGACCACCCAACCGCAUGCCCCCUCCAGAGUUGGCAGGACUCAAAAAUCAAUUAGAUGAUCUGCUAAGUAGUAGUCUCAUCUGCAGUUCCAAAGCACCAUUCGGAGCUCCCGUUCUCUUCCAAAAGAAACAAGAUGGGAGCCUCCGACUAUGCGUCGAUUAUCGAGCCUUCAACAAAGUGAUGGUGAAGAACAAGUAUCCCAUCCCGCUCAUCACGGACUUGUUCGACUAAUUGGGCAAAGCAAAGUAUUUCUCCAAACUCGACCUCCGGUUUGGGUACUGGCAAGUGCGUAUCGUUGAAGGCGACGAAGCGAAGACUAUUUAUGUGACCAGGUACGGAGCGUUUGAGUUCUUGGUGAUGCCUUUCGACUUAACCAAUGCUCCGGCCACAUUCUACACUCUUAUGAACCAACUAUUCAAGGAGUAUUUAGAUAAGUUUAUGGUCGUCUACUUGGGACGAUAUUGUCGUCUACAGCGAAACGCUCGAGGAGCAUGUCAAGCACUUUCGGUACACAUCUGAAGCCAAUAAGUAUGCAUUGGUUUGGUGUAUCUUAAUUUUUGGUGCACAUCUGAAGCCAAUAUGUAUGCAUUGGUUUGGUGUAUCUUAAUUUUCCACUGAGAUUUUUAUUGUCAAGUUUAAUUUUCAUGCGCAUGUGAUGAUAUUAGUUUAGUGGCACUAAGUUGCACUUUAAUCUGUUCUUCAGGCUGUACAUAAAGCAGCCUUCUUCCAGCACAUCAAUUGCAGGAUAUGACGAUGAACCUGAAUGGGCGGAGUAUAAGAUCAAAGAGACAAAUAUGUUUACGAUUGACAAGUAUCAACAGAUUGGAUUCUUCCCAAGAGAGAAAGCAUUUUCUCUUAGGUACCAAACUGCUGGUAUGCUGGAAACUGUUCUAAGAGCAGGUGUGCUUGGAGAAGAUGACACUGGUGAAGAAUCUCCCAAAAACUUGAAGAUUCCUUCAAAAUGGCCUUCUGUUGUCUGUGAAAAUUGUCUAUAUUCUCUGGAGAAAGAUAUGCGAACAAGAGCUUUCCACAUAAUGGAUCCAAAGGGCAUUCUUGAAAUGCUUGUUAUUUUUAUUGAAGAACAAGGAAAUGAGAUGCCUGCUUUUUCAACUUGGAAUUUAGAGUUCCUAGCAACAGUGGACGGCAUUGAGAAUGAAACUAUCUUGAACAACAUUGUUUGAUACAUCAUUCCAGUGGGUUAUCUCCCUUUUAUCUAGAUGUUGGAUUCAGGACACAACUUCGACAAACAAUGAGAGUGGCACUACCACUAACGUGCGUUGGACAGGCACGAUAAGCAACAACUUGGUGGUGACCUUCGAUGGAGGCUUCCAGCUGACCUUAUUACCUGGAGGAAUGUAUAUGGCUUCACCGGAGAAGCGGCAGAAGCUCGUGCGCACUUACGAUGUGGAAGGUCUUGUAGUGUCAUCUACUUGUUUCUAUGAGAUCAAAGUCUAAGGUCAACUUGCAUGGACCAUGCUGCAGCUUAUCCUUGGUUACACUAGAUAGAUUCCAGUUAAAAUAGAACACCAAGGCUUCGUUCAAGGCCUUGUAUCAACUGAAUAGUUGAAUAGAGAGAAUAAAUACUUUUCUUGAGUAAUAUUUAUGAUA